AGAGCGAAGUGAAGUGUUCGAUCCCAAUCAGCCGUAUCAUUAUCCAUCCCCCAAUUCUCAGGGAUUUUAUUUACUCCGCUUCCACAGCUGGUUGGAGCGCCUGCGCGCUGACCAAUCGGAUCGAGCGCCGCUAUCGCCAGAGGAAAAAAAGAAAAAAAAAACUCACAGUCGCCAUGAUACAGCAGCGGAAGCGGCUGAGAAGUAGCUAGAAAACAAAAGGGAACACGCAGUCGUACUCGCGGUCUGGUAUGCUCUUGCAGUGUUAUAGGAAUGCCCAAGGAAAAAUAUGACCCGCCAGAUCCCAGGCGGAUGUACACAAUUAUGUCUACCGAAGAAGCAACAAACGGGAAGAAGUCAUACUGGGCUGAGCUUGAAAUCAGUGGCCGAGUAAGGAGUCUCAGCACAGCCCUGUUUUCUCUCACCCACCUCACUGCCCUGCACCUAGCUGACAACUCUUUGUCACGCAUCUCACCAGACAUUGCCAAAUUACACAACCUGGUGUACCUGGAUCUCUCAUCCAAUAAGAUCAGAAGCCUGCCGUCAGAGCUCGGCAACAUGGUGUCUCUCAGGGAACUGCUUUUAAAUAACAACCAGUUGCGGGUUCUGCCAUUUGAAUUGGGGAAACUCUUUCAGUUACAAACACUGGGGUUGAAAGGAAACCCACUUGCACAAGAAAUUAUGAGCCUCUACCAGGAACCUGACGGCACGCGGAGACUGCUCAACUACUUGUUAGACAAUCUGGCAGGGGCUGUCAAGCGCAUUUCAUCAGAGCAGCCCCCAGCCCGAUCAUGGAUCUCACUCCUGGAACCAGACCGAGCACGGCCCUCAGCACUGUUCUCUGUGAUGUGCUACAAUGUGCUGUGUGAUAAGUACGCCACACGACAGCUAUAUGGUUACUGUCCCUCAUGGGCUCUGAACUGGGAAUACAGGAAGAAAUCAAUCAUGCAGGAGAUCCUGGGCUGCAACGCAGACGUCAUCAGUUUACAGGAAGUUGAGACAGAGCAGUACUACAAUUUCUUCUUGCCUGAGCUGAAGGAGCAGGGAUAUGAAGGGUUCUUCAGUGCAAAGUCACGAGCUAGGACUAUGUCAGAGUCAGACCGUAAACACGUAGACGGAUGUGCAAUUUUCUACAAGGGAGAUAAGUUCAGUGCAGUGCAGAAACACACAGUGGAGUUCAACCAGCUCGCCAUGGCUAACUCCGAGGGCUCAGAGGCUAUGCUGAACAGGGUGAUGACCAAGGACAACAUCGGAGUCGCUGUACUGCUUGAAGUCCGUAAAGAGAUGAUGGAGCUCUCCUCUGGAAAGUCACUGCACGGUAUGGAGAAACAGCUGCUCCUGAUCGCCAAUGCCCACAUGCACUGGGACCCAGAGUACUCUGAUGUGAAGCUGGUCCAGACCAUGAUGUUCUUAUCGGAGGUGAAGAACAUAGUGGACAAGGCCAACCGCAGCCUCAAGUUGUCCUCUGUCUCUGGUGAAACUAAUGCCAUUCCACUGGUGCUGUGCGCUGACCUCAACUCCUUGCCUGACUCUGGCGUGGUGGAGUACCUGAGUACUGGCGGAGUGGACUGCACCCACAAGGACUUCAAGGAGCUUCGUUACAGCGACAGCCUGACCAAAUUUAACUGCAACGGCAAGAGCAACACGCCCAACGGCAGGAUCACCCAUGGCUUCAAGCUGAAGAGCACUUACGAGAACGGCCUGAUGCCUUACACCAACUACACCUUUGACUUCAAGGGUGUCAUUGACUAUAUUUUCUUCUCCAAGCCUAACCUGAACGUGCUGGGUAUCUUGGGCCCCCUGGACCCCCACUGGCUCGUAGAGAACAAUGUCAGCGGCUGCCCACAUCCCCACAUCCCCUCCGACCACUUCUCCCUCUUCGCCCAGCUGGAGCUGCUCCUGCCCAACUUGCCCCCCCAGGUCAAUGGGCUCCAUCUGCCUGCACGCAGGUAGUGAGUCCCUGCCACACCGCAAGGGGGAACUGCAAUCACAGCCUCUCCCUUUCAACCCUCCUCCCUCCCACUACCAGCUCUUCCCUCCACCACACCGGAGGAGGAAGACAAAAGAAACCACAACCUGUAAAAUAUUCGUACAGUGAGGUCUGGCCGACAGGGAUUUCGUAUAAUGUUAUAGAUAUUCUAUAUUUUUCUUUUUCCUUCCUCUAUUUUUCUUUAUUUUGGUGUUUUUUUUUUUUGUUUUUUUUUUAACCGCUCGAUUCAGUCCUGUGCGUCAUAUUUUGUGUUUUGGGUCCUUUUCCUCCUCAACAUCCACCCAGCCACUUGCUUCUGUCAUCCAAACUAGUGGGGAUGGUAGCUUAUUCAGAUUAAACAUAUGGGGGCGCUGUUUUGUUGGAGAUUCGUAAUGGCUGCGGGGAUGACAUCUACCUGAAAAGCUCCACAGCUUAUGUUCUGCUUGUCCGUCUGUCCUGUAUAAAUCUAAAACCAGCAAAGACAGCGGACAUGUCAGUCUCAGACAUCCUGGCCUGUGCUUGUACUCCCCGGUAUCUCUGGGCAGGCGCCUCCUGAAUCGUUGUAGGAUACAUACACAUCGGUUGAUUCAGCUGUGGCCGGCUCAGAGCAGCUUUUAGCUGGUUGAUGUGCGUCCCUGCAGGUGGAUGUACGGCAGCUACGAGGUGAGAUUUCCUGCUGUCAUUCUGUGGUGCUUAGGCCUUUUGUGUGCUCAUGGCCUACUGUGGUGCUACAAGAUAGUCUACACCUCGCACGCCGGCCCUGGUGCAUUAGCUACCAUCCCACAGGCGCCUCAAGAACCACACGUCCGAGAACUACGUUCACCUGAUUACACACGGGCAAUAUCUAGUGUUAAUUUAUCCAGGAGGAAUGUUAGACUUAGAGCAGCUACCAUCCUGUUUGCAGACUGUUUCACCCCCAGCUUGUGUAGUUGUUAGGCUAGUCUUGUGCUUAGGAGCUCGUGUGGCCCAUGUUAUCACCUUCAUUUGAGGCAAGGGGAUUUAGGCUGAUGGAAAAUGCGAUGGAGGGUCUAUUACAAAUCUUUUCCUUUUAUCUCGAUUGCUUUUAAGCAGAGAGUGAGUAAUUGCUGAUACCAGGAGUAAAACCAGCAUUCCUCUCACUGUCUGGAGUUGCCAUCCAACUCCACACAUGCAAGCUUUCACACACGCAAACGCACACCCACCCACUCAAGUACAAGUAAUUUGAAGGCAGAUCUGUAGCACUAUCUCUGAGGCCAGUAGUGACUUUCCCCAGCCAUAAAUUCCAUACACAAAAGCAGUGGUUUUCUCACAAGUGUUUGUACAGAAUAGAAAUCUAGACUCAGUCUUUACAUGAUUGUAUAUGAACCACAAAAGACCUGUUUUCUGGCGUUUUUUGUACUAAGUAAAUUAUGAUCAGAUUUGAAAAAAAGAUUGUAUUGUAAACUAUGGCUAAAUUUUUAUCCAGUUAAUGUAAGAUGAAUUGAUAUUACCAGCUUGUACAAAAGACGUAAGAAAAGGUUGUUCAAGGCGUUCGCUCUCACUAUUUUGCACUCCCUAGAGAUUAACUAUAAUAAUGUAUCAAUAUUUUAUUAUUUUCCGUCUUCCCCCCCUUCACUCUUUCUCUGCCCUUGAUUUGAUUUGCCGGCACAUUGCUAUAAUUGUAAAUAGACACUGGUUAAACUCUUGCCUGUUGCUUCUCGCCCAUUUACAAAGCCAUCGAUCCACACCGCUGUCAUCAGAUCAGACUAAAGGACACGUGAGUCCGGGCCCACCGCCGACUCCACAUCUGUUCAUCUCUGUAUCUCACACACGCUCUCACCGGUGACGUGUGGCCAAUUUAAACAAAUCCCAAACAAACACCACUCAAAACAUCGUGCCUCACUGUAGCAGUUGUCGUCUUGCACUAUUUACAUUUGACGAACGCCUGAACAACCUUUUCUGCUUUUAUUUUUAAAUACCGUUGAGACAUUUGUGAAGAUUUUAUGUCCUUUUUUGGGUUCUUGUUAAUGUUGAUUUCCUUUUUUAUGAGCUGUGACAAUGUUAUGAUGAUGUGUAUAAUAUCCUUCCUAUUCAUUGAGCUCUCUAGUAAUCAGGUAUGCUUUUUCCCCACGGACCCCUUCCCCCUACCACUUGUAGGAACAUUAGUAAACUGUCUUAUCUGAAUCCGCUCUGUGUGUAGCUCCCUCAUUGAACCUUAGCACAGCUCUGUGCCCAGACCCGCCAGAAUACCCAGACCUCCCCUCCCUCCCCAUGAAUUUUAAAUCUCCAUAAGCUUGUGUCCACCCAAAUACCCCCCCCAUAACCCUGAACCGCCCAACCAUGGACUUUACUUACCCACCAUAUUACUCAAGCUGUGUCUUUUACACCCCUUUUGCUCAACCACUUUGUAUAGUUCUCUUCCCCUUGUCACUGCAGCUCUAGUGCCAUCUGUGGACCCAGAUCUCUGCAUUGGGAAGAGGUGGAAAGCUGCUUUUGGAAUGAACGAGGGGCAGUGAGUUUUAUUCUCCGAAGGCCGGGCAAUCACUUUGCUAUGAAUCAAAUUUGUUACACCCCAGAUCGCCUCGAGAAAGAGAGAGAGAGAUUUGUGUCAGUGGUGAGACGAUUAUGCCAUCGGUCACGCUAACGCACGGACACAGCUGAUGACGAGCACUUAGUAGAUACAGAUGCAGCUCCCAUCACUCCCUGUCCCCUCAUAUUAGCAAGUAAAGAUCUUAUUACGUCAGUGUACAUGUUGAAAUGACAUUUUUAAAGCAAGAGGGAAGCAAGUAAAUAGGAAAUAUAAAUUUAGUCCUCAGAUCGAGUUCUCUUGUCCCAUUUGUUUGCCCCCUACAUGUUUGUUUUUUAAGUUUUGUUUUCCAAUGGAAACCAAUGUGUCCAGUUUGCAUUUUUUUUCCUGAAUUGCAUUAGUAUUGUAGUAGAUUUAAAGGCUAGCUUUUUGUAAAGUGUGAAUAAAAGAUGUAUCUCAUGUUUCCUUUCUAAAAAGAUA